UCAUUUUCCCAGCAAAAAGUUUACCCGGUUCAACAAGUUCUGGAGUUCCGAGAGCGCUGCCUGAGCGAAGGUGCCAACCUCCAAGUACACGUGCGCUGGCCUCUUUUCGUUGCGAGAACCAUUUUUGUUCCCUAAGGCAGCCACCUCCUUGUUGUUCCUAGUGACUUCUUUGGGCGCGGCGCGGCUGUGCAAGACCAGUUGCAGCCUGCAGCAGGACCGGUUCCCAGCAGAAUUGCACGUGGCUCGUGCCGCAAACGUACACCAUCCGAGACACAUAACGUUUGGGAGGUGCAAGUCCUGUUAGACUUCGUCGCACGCGGCGGGAGCCCACCAACAACCGGCCGACGGCGGGUGGCACGCGCGGCUGUGGGGUUUCGCACGCUUCCACGCCCUGGCUAUGGCUCACGGCCACGGCCACGAUGAGCCCCUCCUCAGUGCCUACCAUUUUAACUACAGCCAGCGGCCCCCGCGGGACCGGGCCUGGGGCUUGGCGUACAGCCUGCUGAUCCUCCUGACAGUGGGCUGGGCCGCCGCGCUGGUGGUCCUUAACCCGGACAUCGUGUCAGUGCUGUCAUGCCCAACCUACCUGGAUGACGCCAACAACUGCCCCCUCAAACUGUCAUACCUGACCGCUGAUGCAACCUCAGCUGCUGCUGCUGCGGGUGAGGGCGGCAGUGUGAGCAGGGGCGGCGGCGGCAGCUUGCUCACGCUGUGGAUGGCGCAGGUGCGGGAGGUGCUGGCACCCGCCACACGCCGCGCCGCCUACCAGCAUCUGCUCUUGGAUGUCGUGGAUGCAAGUGUGGGCAGCGGCAACACCGCUGCUACCGCGAGCCUCCGGCAGUUGCUGGCUGGGGCAGCAGCAACAGCGGCAGCGGCGGCGGCGAAACCUCAGGACGACAGCGCGCUUCCGCGGGUGCUGCUGGACUAUGGCGGCACGCUGCUGCUGCUGAGCCUGGCGGCGGCGCUGGUGCUGACGGCGCUGUUUGUGAUGGCGCUGCGCAUCAGCCCCUGGGCGCUGGUGCUGCUGGCGUGCGCGCUGCAGGUUGGGGCGCCGCUGGCCAGCGCGAUGUUGGCCAUGCAAGCGGGCAGCAACGGCCUGGCGCUGGUGCUGCUGCUGGUGUCGGCCGCCAUCGCGGUGAUGCUGUACGUGGGCCGCGAGUCGCUGGCGCUGGUGUCGCGGCUGCUGGCCGUGUCAGCGGUGGCGCUGGGGCACAACAGCGUGCUGCUGGCGCUGGUGGCGGGGCUUAAGGCGGCGCUGGCUGGUGCCACCGUGCUCAUGCUCGUGGCGGCGGCGGUGGUGGGCGCCUCAGGGGACGUGGUGCCCAACCCGCUACGUGGCGGCAGUCCGCGCUGCGCCACGCCCUCAGGCACAGCCGUGGCGUGCUGCGCGCUGUCGGCGCCGCCCUCGCUGCACGCCUACGCGCCCGCGUCCGCCAUCGCGCUGGCCUGGACGGUGCUGCUCCUGUUUGAGCUGAAAGUGUUCGUGGUCAGCGGUGUGGUUGCGCAAUGGUACUUCUCGCCGACCAGCCAUCUGCCCGGCGCCGCCGGCAUCGAGAGCGGCGCCGCGUUGACCAGCAGCAGCAGUGGCUGGUGGUCGGGCCGCGCGCUGUGCGCAUCGCUGGCGCAUGCACUGGGACCAUCGUUUGGCUCGCUGUGCGCCGCCAGCGCCAUCCUUGGAUCCACGUCAUACGCACGGGCGGUUGUUAACAGGAUCCUAUACCGUGGCCGGGGAGACGGCUUUGGCUCCUUCGCGCAGCCAGGCUGCUGCGGCAUCAGCUGUUGCCUGGCCGCCGCCGCAGCAGCACUGGGUUGCUGCUGCUGGUGCGCCGUGGCACUGCUGGAGCAGAUCAGCAAGUUCGCCACGGUGCAGAUGGCCAUGAGCGGCCUGGGCUUCUGGCGGGCGUCGUCAGCGGUGGUGGACUUGAUGCGGCGCAACUUCAUGGACGCAUACAACAUGUGGUGGUAUCUUCCCAUGGUGCUGCACAGCGGUGGUGCGGCGUUUGCGGCGGCUUGGGGCUACACCAUCUACUUCCUGGCCUCCAACAGUUGGGCGUGGCCGGCGUUCAUGGGCCACAUGCCGCCGCUGACACACGCCGCGGCAGUGGCGCUGGGCGGCCUGGCGGGCGCUGUGGCAGCGCUGGUGCUGGUGUUCGUGUGCAGCGUGCUGGUCAACAUAGCGGACGCGCUCUUCAUCUGCUUCGUGUUGGACAAGGACAGCUCGGCAGUCACCUGGUAUGAGCUGCACCGUGUGUGCGCCCAGCUGCCCUGCUGCAUGGCCGCCAACGCCGCCGCGGCCGACCCGCACGCCGCACACCACCACCCCGGCUCGCCCUACUACUACCCGGGCGCGCCGCCCGCCGUGCACGCGGCUCCAUACGGCUACCAGGUCGUGCCCCUGGCGUCUGGCGCCGUCGUUGGGGGCCAGCUGGGACACCCCAUCAACCCGUACGGCACCCGGUACGGCAGCUACGGCGCGGCACGGCAACCGCAGCCGGCGGGUGGGCACUACGUCGGCUUCUGGGGCUGGCUGCGCUCCCCCAGCGGCUCGGCCGGCGGCUUCCUGCACGGCAUUCCUGUGGGCCGGGCCGACCGGCCGCAAUACCCGCCGCCCGCCAUCUUGAGCCCGCCGUACUCAGACCAGCGCUUUCCGAUGGGGCCGAGGCCGCCGCUGCCGCCCCCGGGGCCUGUGGCCCCGCCUCCACCGUCCUACUUCCCGCCCAUGGGCUCUCACACUGGCCGGCAUAGUUGACGUUUCGAUGGGGUGCGUCG